GUUAUAAAAGACGCGAAACUUCCUUUGGGCUGUACUAGUGUUAAGAGAAAGUCAGUACACCGAAGAGGAGGAGACCCGAAUAAAGAAGCCGGGCAGCCUGUUGAGAUUACGCACGAUUUAGUGGGAGGAAAGUGACUUCUGCGCGGAUUUGGUUCUCCUGGGUUUGAUUUCAUCCCUGGGCGCGCAAGAAGUUAACUGCGAAUGAAUGCAAAAAGAACCAAUGCGAGUAUUCUAAACAUAUUUAAGUUUUAUUUAUUUUGGUAACAGACGUGUCUAGGUUGAUGCUGAAAAAAAAAUCGCCACCAGCUGGGGGAAGCAAUAUUUUAACCCUCUGGUGCUAGGACUGAAGAUUUGAUGUCCAGGGACGCUGGAGUGAAAAGUUGCAGAAGCUUUUGCUGUUUUUGGAAGCGUCCGUUCUCUCCGCACAAAUUCAAGCUCAGUUUUUUUACAGUUCGUGUACGUGCCGUUUGAUCCAAGUGCCCCCCGAGCACAGGAUGAAGCACUGACUCCGUCCCGAGACUUGAAUUGAGAAGACCCCACACAUACACACUCGCGCACACACACGGGACAACUGUGCUUAACUCAGGAGUGACACCACUUCAAUCAGAGGACUUAGCGAGAUGCGCUGCAAAAGCCUCCCCUCCAUCCUGCGGAUUGUGGGGACUACUUUGUUUGGCCUUGCUCUUCUGGUGGGUAUCGCAGCUGCUUAUAUCGUAGGUUAUCAGUUCAUAGCCACGGACAAUUACUACUUUUCUUUCGGACUGUACGGAGCUAUCUUAUCCCUUCACCUCCUUAUUCAAAGCCUCUUUGCCUUCUUGGAGCACCGGAAGAUGAAACGCUCACUGGAAACCCCCAUAAAACUCAACAAGACGGUGGCUCUGUGCAUUGCGGCCUACCAGGAGGACCCAGACUACCUGCGAAAGUGCCUGCUGUCGGUCAAAAGGCUGAGCUAUCCGGGGAUGAUCGUGAUCAUGGUCAUUGACGGCAACAACGACGACGACCGCUACAUGAUGGAGAUAUUCGGCGAGGUGAUGGGACGGGACCGCUCGGCCAGCUACCUGUGGAAGAGCAACUUCCACGAGCGGGGGCCAGGGGAGAGCGAAGAGUCUCACAGGGAGAGCAUGCAGUACCUCACGGGGCUGAUCAGGUCAAACAAGAGCGUCUGCGUGAUGCAGAAGUGGGGAGGCAAGCGAGAAGUGAUGUACACUGCGUUCAAGGCACUGGGCCGGACUGUGGAUUACGUACAAGUGUGUGACUCGGAUACAAUGUUGGAUCCUGCUGCAACGGUGGAGAUGGUUAAGAUCCUGGAGGAGGACCCAAUGGUUGGUGGAGUUGGUGGUGAUGUACAGAUUCUCAACAAGUACGAGUCGUGGAUUUCGUUCCUCAGCAGCGUCAGGUAUUGGAUGGCUUUCAACAUUGAGCGAGCUUGCCAGUCGUACUUUGGGUGCGUGCAGUGCAUCAGUGGGCCUCUGGGGAUGUACAGGAACGACCUUCUGCACCAAUUCAUGGAGGACUGGUAUAACCAGGAGUUCCUGGGCUCACAGUGCAGCUUUGGUGAUGACCGGCAUCUGACCAACCGGGUGCUCAGCCUGGGCUACGCCACAAAGUACACGGCGAGGUCAAAGUGCCUGACUGAGACCCCGACGCAGUACCUGAGGUGGCUGAACCAGCAGACACGUUGGAGCAAAUCCUACUUCAGGGAGUGGCUGUACAAUGCCCUGUGGUUUCACAAGCACCACCUGUGGAUGACCUACGAAGCUGUGAUCACCGGGUUCUUCCCCUUCUUCCUCAUCGCCACCGUCAUCCAGCUCUUCUACCGGGGAAGGAUAUGGAACAUCCUCCUGUUCCUCCUCACCGUGCAGCUGGUGGGCCUCAUCAAGUCGUCCUUCGCCAGCUGCCUCCGGGGAAACAUCGUCAUGGUCUUCAUGUCCCUCUACUCCAUGCUGUACAUGUCCAGCCUGCUCCCCGCCAAGAUGUUUGCCAUCGCCACCAUAAACAAGGCGGGCUGGGGCACGUCGGGAAGGAAGACCAUCGUGGUGAACUUCAUCGGGCUGAUCCCGGUGUCGCUGUGGUUCAGCAUCCUUCUGGGAGGGCUCAUUUACACCAUCUACAAUGAGACGCAGGAACCCUUCUCGGAGUCCGAACAGACGGUUCUGAUUAUAGGGGCCAUACUCUAUGCCUGCUACUGGGUCAUGCUCUUAACCCUGUACAUUGUCCUAAUCACCAAGUGCUGCCGGAGAAGGAAAGAGCAGAACUAUGACAUGGUUCUCGAUGUAUGAUGUUGGCAUCUUUACAAUUGAUUAGACAAGUGAAGGACUCCAGCAUUUGGUGGCGUUAACAGGCAAAUGCUCCCCCCCCCAGGAUAUGAAUCGUUGCUGCUUCAACUUUACGAAAUGCAAUAGUGUUCAUAUGGCUCAUGCCAAAGAAACGUAAAGGACGUGAGAUCGACACACUAGCCACACUGGAGGGACUAAUCUGUGUUGAACUAUUACGACUUGUUCUGAUGUCGCUGCACUUUGUUUCCCACAUUGAACAAAUUGCUUGAUGCUUCAGAAUACCUCACUGGUGGUACUUGUUGGUAAUAAGGUGGAGUUUAAUGUUUGUGGACACUUGAAUCGAUUCAAUUCCUCACUCCCGCACACAACCUCAGCUAGCCCAUAGUCAUUCAAAGCCAUACAGACUGAGAGAAGGUGAGCAAGUCCCGCCUUGCAACUAUUGGCUUUCAUACUCGUGGAAAGUGCCUCUUGCUUAAUUUUUUGGCCGGUUGUAGGGUUCUUCUGUAAAGUUUACUUUUAAUAUUUGAAAUUUCCAGACUGGCGGACGAAAGAGAUUUGAAAUCUGCAUAUCUUAUUAUUGUCUUUUUUGUUUUAAUAAUGAAUCCAAAAAUGUUUUAAUUGCAAAUGUUAAACUUUUGCUUGAAUGACUUAUGUGAAUAUCUGAACAAAAAUGUGAAAUGUUUGAGAAUUUCUGAGGUGGCAGAUAAAAAUUUGAACAAAUAGAAACGUCCACUCUCAGCAUAUGAAAGUCUAACUAGUCUCUAGUCAAACAGUAAAGUGGCUUGAACAACACAUCUGUGCCCUGCAUCAGUAUGUUGUAGAUGUUUUUAUUAUUAUUUAGUCCAUAAGCAUAAUUAUUAUACACUGGCUGCUCCAUGGUGGUUCAAUGGUGAAGCUCAAGUCUGUUUGGAGUCUAAAUUUGGGAUCCCAGGGUUGCCCAGAUAUUGUCCACUUGGCUACGGUGAGGAGUGCUCUACAGAACAACACCUUGCUCAGGAGUGAGUUGAAGAGAGGGGUAAUAAUGCCAAAAGCUAUUUCUCCUGUGUGAAAGCUAACAAAAUGCACAGUCCCAUCCCUGCUGAUGAUAAGCAAAGAUGCAAAGGUAAAAAUCCUGUGGACCAAAUCUAAUCUCAUUGACACAGUUUGAACCACCUUUAUCCAAAUCAAGGAAUUAUUGAGAAAUGAUUGCAUACCACUAUUAGAAUAGAAGAAUGCACCAGAUACAUUUAAGGUCACACGUGAGCCUAUUCCUCGGUAAGUGCAAAGAAUUGCACUGCAAAGAAUUGGUCACUGAAAAGCUGAUCUUUAACGAGUGAACGAUAGCUUAGGACUCUUGUAUGUGUUUUUGUUUCUUCCAGAGAAAGGCUUCUCUCGGUUUCUCCUACCUGUACCACCCAUCCUCCGUGAGUACACAUCCUCCACCGAGCAUUUACCCAUUUCACGAACGCGAAUGCGAAAUGCACGUGAGAACACAUUCAAGGAACAUUUAUUUGUUGAAGGAUGUAAUUCUCAUGUCUAUGUCUGUCUUUGAUUGAUGGGAAGAAGGUGAAAAUAGAUUUUGAUCAUUUCUAUUCAGUGUGAACACAUUGUCAAGAGUGCGCAAGACUUUUGAGUGGGAGCUGGAACCGUACGUUUGUAUCUGGGAUUAUGAGUAUCUACAAUGUGUUUGUUAAACAUUGACAUUUGUUUACAUUUUCUUGUUAAAAUUGACUUAAUUUUCUGGUAAUUAUAAAACAAAAAUGGUGAUUUUCUUGAUGUAUUCAGCAGUACUGCAAUUUUUUUUUUAAAGAUCAUUUUUGACAUGUUAUUGCAAAUAAUAACCAAAAAUGUACAUGUAAAUCAUUAAAUCUCAUAAAUUUGCAAACAUUUGACAAGUCUUUAUGUAGUCUAUAUCAUUCCCUGUAGAAUGUUAUCAUAGCUCCCUAUAUUUAUUUAAGUUGCCUACAUAUUCCAAAAUGCAGAUUGUAUUAGAUAAAGUUAUGAGUCCUACAUAAAUAAAUAUUUUUGAUAACACAGAA